AUGGAUGUCUCCCAAGGCAUCACCCCGCCCAUCUCCCAGGGAUGGGCCUACGGUAUCCUCCUCGGUGUCGGUCUGGCCUUCGCCGCAGGCAUGUACUUCAUCACUAGGCUUCUGAAGAAGUACAACGGUGAAGACAAUUCCAAGUUCGAGACCUACGCUACCGCCGGUCGUACCAUCGGCUUGGGAUUGACAGCAACAGCUGUGGUCUCAUCAUGGGCGUGGUCCACGGCUCUGCUAUCUUCCUCUGUUGUCAUGUACACCUACGGUGUCCAAGGUUCCUUCAUGUUCGCUGCUGGAUGUCUCGUCCAGAUCAGCUUUUUUGCUCUGCUCGCCAUCCAAUCCAAGAGGAGGACACCUCAUGCUCACACCAUGCUCGAAAUCGUAAAGGCUCGAUACGGAACUACGGCGCACUUGAUCUACAUGGUGUUGGCGCUCAUUACCAACCUCAUCGCAUCCAUCAACAUGUUCCUCGGUGCGAGUGCCACCAUUAGCGCUCUUACGGGUCAAGCCAUCGAAGCUGCCAUCUUCCUGCUUCCCGUCGGAGUGGUGGGCUACACGCUGAGCGGUGGCCUCAAGGCUACCUUCAUCACCGACUACGCCCACACUGUGCCUCUCCUCAUCAUCUGCAUCUACUUGUCCGUCAAGGCCAUUACCAAUCCCGCCGUCGGUGGCCUGGACACAAUCUGGCGCAACGUCACCGCGCUGGCCGAGAGUUCGCCCGUCGAAGGUAAUUACAACGGAUCUUACCUCACCAUGAAGAGUCAGAUGGGCAUCGCAUUCGGAGCUGUUCACACCCUGGGAAACUUUGGUCUGGUCAUCAUGGACUCCUCCUACUGGCAAAAGGCCUUCUCGGCUUCUGUCGCUGCAGCUACGCCCGGCUACAUCCUUGGAGGAAUCCUCUACUUUGGAAUUCCUUGGUGCCUCGGCACCAUUGCGGGAGCGACCGCCCUCAGUCUGGGCAACAACCCGAUCUGGCCAGCUGUCGGACGAAAGCUGACGGAUUCCGAGACCGCAAACGGUCUGCCUUUGGCAUACGUCGCUCUUGCCACAGCUGGCAAAGGUGGGGCGGUGGCGGUGGUUUGGCUCAUCUUCUUUGCCGUCACCAGCACCGUUUCUGCCCAACUGAUCGCAGUCUCAUCCAUCAUCAGCAGCGACGUCUACCACACCUACAUCAAUCCCAAGGCGACCGAAAAGAGCAUCAUCUUGGUCUCUCGCCUAGCGUGCAUUGGCUUUGCCCUCGUCGCUUGCGCAGUAUCGGUGGUCUUCUACCACAUUGGUCUGUCCCUUACCUGGACGCUGUACUUCUUGGGUGUCAUUGUCUGCCCCGGAUGCUUCACCACUGCCGGUACCGUCAUCUGGCGCAAACAGAGCAAGGUGGCAGCCAUCGCUGCGCCCCUGAUCGGUCUCGCCGCUGGUCUGGCUACUUGGAUCAGCACAGCUUACCACUACGGUGAUGGUAUUCUCAACGUCACCACCACCGGUGCGCUGAUCCCUUGCAUGUGGGGCAACAUUGUCUCCUUCUUUGUCCCAUGCAUCCUCGCCCCCAUUCUCAGCUACGCCUUCCCAGACAGCAACGCGUGGCAGUGGGAGAGGUUCAGCGACAUCAAGCUCAUUCGCGACGACGAUUCGAUCAACGACUCGGAAAAGAACGAAGAGGGAGCUUUCACGGCUUCUCAAGAAGCUUACAUGAAGAAAAUGUCCAAGGUUGCAGCAUUUGCAGGCAUCUUUUUGAUCCUCGCCGUUUGGGUCGUCUGGCCAUUCGGCAUGUACGUCGAUUACACUUUCAGCUUGCCCUUCUUCAAGGGUUGGAUCACCGUCAGUCUCAUCUGGCUCUUUAUCACUCUGCUCGUCAUUGCUAUCCUGCCCGUGUACCAGGGAAGGCACACCAUCGCCUUUAUCGUCAAGAGCCUCCUCAAGGGAGAGGCUGCUGCGCGUUCUCAUCCAAAGAGCAAAACGCAGCACGACACGCCUCAGCUCGAACAAGCACCUUCGCCCUCUGGAAGCCUCACCGACAGUCCGAAGCUCAAGAAUGCAGAGUCUACGGCUUCCCCAUUGACCGAGGCGAAAGUGUAG